AAACCACGAACGUUAGCUUAGCAUGUUAGCUUAGCAUGUUAGCCCACCUCACCUGGGGAACGAGUCGAGUCAAAAUGACGUUUUGAUGGAGAACAGAAGACUGUGUUUGUGACGGAGUUCAUGGAGACAAAGCUGCUGCUGAAUAUGUGAAAAUGUCUGAAGUCCAGAUGUUAGGGGUGUUGAUGAAACAUCAGAAGAAGUUAGUGGAAGAAAAACCAGGAAGUCCAGCCGAAGAAAAGACGUCAUCUCACCUUGAUGAUAUCCAGAAGGUGCUGGUGAUCAAAGAGGAGAUUUCUCCUGAGAGCUGGAGUCCCAGUCUGGACAAGGAGGACCAAAAGCCCCCAGAGAUUAAAGAGGAACAGGAGGGGAGCGAUAUUAUAGAGUUCACAUUCAGUUCUGGUCCUGUGAAGAGUGAGGAUGAUGAAGAAAAUCCUCAUUCCUCAGAGCUUCAUUCUAAUCAGGAGGAGGAGAACAGAGACUCUGUGGAACCACACUGGUGUUUACAAUCAGCCAUAGAAGACAAGACUUCAGAGUUUUCAGAGACAGAUGUCAGUGAUGGAAGCUGGAAGGAGAGCAGUGAAGCUCAGCCAGGUUUACUCUCUCUAACAAGUAAUGAAGUUCUCAAUUUUGAUACGGCACAUGACUCUGAGACAAAGCUGCACAUCUGCACUGAAUGUGGCAAAACGUUUGAAUACAAGUCCCGUCUGUUGAAACACAGCCGGAUCCACACAGGAGAAAAACCUUUCAGCUGCUCUGUCUGUAAAGCAACUUUUACAUGGAAACACUCAUUUGUGCAACACAUGAGAAUCCACACCGGAGAGAAACCUUUUGGCUGCUCCAUUUGUAGUCAACAGUUUAGUCGGAGGGAAGGUUUGACUCGGCACAUGAGACGUCACACAGGAGGUAAACCUUACGUUUGCUCCGUCUGUAACGAGGCUUUUACGUGGAAACAAAAUUUGGUGGAACACACGAAAACCCACUCGACAGGAGAGACAUUCAAGUGCUCAGUUUGUAAAGCAGAUUUCAAAAAGAAACAGUCAUUGUUGGAUCACAAAAAAACUCACAGGGAAGAAAAAUCGUUCAUCUGUUCAGUUUGUGAGGCCACUUUUAGAGAAAAGCACAAUCUAGUGCAACACAUGAGAAUCCACACUGGAGAGAAACCGUUCAGCUGCUCCAUCUGCGAAGCUUGUUUUACACGGAAACACUCGUUUGAGCAGCACAUGAGAAUCCACACAGGAGAGAAACCCUUCAGCUGCUCGUUUUGUGGUCUGAGCUUUAGCAGGAAGAAAAAUUUACUCCGUCACAUGAGAUGUCACACUGGAGGUAAACCUUAUUUCUGCUCCGUUUGUAACGAAGCUUUUACGUGGCAGCAAAAUUUACUGGAACACGUGAAGAUCCACUCAACAGGAGAGAUAUUCAGGUGCUCAGUUUGUAAAGCAGAUUUUGAGGACAAACAAUCCUUGAUGGAACACAGGAAGUCUCACAAAGCAGAAAAAUCUUCUAUCUGCUCCGUUUGCGGGACCUCUUUUAGAGAAAAGCACAAUUUAGUGCAACACAUGAGAACCCACACGGGAGAGAAACCUUUUAGCUGCUCCGUCUGUGAAGCUUCUUUUACACGGAAACACUCCUUUGAUCAACACAUGCGAAUCCAUACUGGAGAAAAACCCUUCAGCUGCUCCAUUUGUGGUCUGAACUUCAGUAGACAGAAAAAUCUAAUGCGUCACAUGAGAUGUCACACUGAAGGCAAACCACACUGCUGCUCCAUCUGUAAUAAAGCCUUUAAGAGGCAGGAUGCUUUAGUGGAGCACACGAAAAGGCAUGCAGCAGGAAGAACCUUCAGCUGCUCUGUUUGCAAAGCAGAUUUUAGAACAAAACACAACUUGCAGCAACACAUGAGAAUGCACACUGGAGAGAAACCUUUCAUCUCCGAGGUCAGAACACCAGAACAAGAGUACCUCGCCUCAUAAAGUGCCUCAAUAGAGAGAAUUAAAUAUUUAAAACCGUAUAACUAUUCAUUUGUAAAACAAAAAUUAAUUACA